UCCAGGCAGGGGCAGCACUCUCUGUCUAUGCCCCGCAACUUUGCUAAGGCGGCUGAAGAUACCUGAAGGUGAAUGGCAGUGGCAUGGGAGGAGUAUUUCCGACUGGUCUUCCAAGAGAAAGCGCCUGCGAAGCCAGUAGAGCAGAAUGUGGUUCACUUUCCACCUCUGCUGCGUCUCCUGGAGAAGAAGCAAGAGCUAGCAGCUGCGGACCAGGGUCUGCAGGUCCAGAAGGAGGAGUUCCACAGCAGGAUGGCCACCCUGAGCCAGCGCUGGGCACAGCUGGAACAGAAAGAGCAGGCGCUGAAGGAGUCCUUUAUCCGCUUUGACAAAUUCCUGCAGGAAGCCGAGGCCCGGCGAGGCCGCGCACAGCGGAGAGCAGCUGAGGAGGGGCAUGGAGUGCGACACCGGGAGGCAGAGACGCUGCGGCUGCGCGCACAGUUGCAGGAGCUGCGGCGGGAGCGCGCCCGGCUGCAGCGCAGGCUGCGGCGCCUGGAGCCCUGCGCGCGCCUGCUGGAGCGCGUGCUGGAGCAGCUGCCGGAGUUUCAGGAGAUUCCUGAAUUGGUGGCACGCUUUGAUGGCCUGGUAGACACGCAGGCAGCAUUGAAGCUGGCAGAGCGCAAGCGACAGGUGGAGCUGGACGAGACCCAUGCUCAGCUGUAUCGUCUUCGGGAAAUGAAGCAGGAUGAGCUGCUGCGCCUGGGCCAGCAGCGUGCACAGCUGCGAGAGCAGUUGGAGGCAGCGCGUGAGCACACACUGCAGUGGGAAUCCAAGUGGACUCAAAUCCAGAACACUGCAGCGGCCAAGACGCUGCUCCUGGGACGCACUCGAAUGGCUGUGCUCAACCUGUACCAGCUUGUGUGCCUGCGCCAGAGUCAGCCUCUAGCCCUGGACAUGGAGGACACCGAGGGGCAGCUAGAGGAGGCUCAACGCAACGGCUCUCUGAAUACCCUUCCUCCUGGGCAAGAUGGAGCUGUGCCAGCCCACAGGACACUCAACUAAGUAGACUACCGUCAGUGGGGCUGACAGCUGUGCUGGGCCCUUCACCCACCUCACAGGCUGGGGACAGGCUUCCCUCCCAGCUGGGGGCACAGACAAGCUUAGCCACGCUGAUGUACUUCAAGAUAGGCACUUGCUAAGCAAGGUGGGUCCAAGCAGUAAGUGGCUGUUGGUAGCAUCAGCUCAGUGGGGUCAAAAUGGUAGUCCCCCAGUGUGUGCCUGCCUGUGAGGUCCAGGUGCUGUGGGAUGCUUGACCUUCCCAGACCCUCAAGCAAGAGGUGGGGAAAGCCAGCAGUGGGAGGAAGGACAUGAGGAUGGCGCGGGCCGGUUCUCACCUUCACGUGCAGAAGGGUAGUGCCGCCUCCAUCCUACAGCAGCCCUGAGCUGUCGAGCAACUGCACCUAGAGACUCAUUCUUCUCAUCUCGGACACAGUGGAAGCCACCUGCUCUCAGCUACUAAGAAAGCUGGGACCUGCAAGUCUCCCUUCCAACACCCCAAGUUAACCACACUCCCGAGUACUAGCGGCGUUGCACAAAGGUUUACUACAUUAAAACCCAAUGUCCAGCCA